AGACGUCGCUCUUGUCCUGUCUGUAAAUCCCGCGACGUUCCCCUUGAGCCUUUAAAAGGCCAGCCCCGGCAGGGGAGGUGUAACUGCUCACGGCCCCAGCGAAGUUGCCCUGGGGUCGGGAAGGGCCGGAGGCCUUGCUGUGCCCCUUUCUAGACGCUUCCAGAGUUCGCCCCUGUAGCGCGAGGAGAGAAGGCCUAGAAAGAUUGCCACUGAAGUCCAAGGAAAUUGGAUUUUAGGAAGACUCUAGAUCAUGUAUCACCUUAAGAGCACUCCCACGGUAGGGACACCAGCUACUAGGACUCCGUGAAAUGACAUCUGGCCACCUACUUACUUGCUGGUCCUUCAGCAACAUCCAUCAGCAAGAAAAAGGCAAGCAAAGUCUUGACCCUCACCCAUCAAUGGAGACUCCUGGGAGAGUUGGCUCUCAAGGUUCUGAUUUAGAUUCAUCAGCAACUCCUAUAAACACAGUGGAUGUUAAUAAUGAAAGCUCUUCAGAGGGUUUCAUCUGUCCAUUAUGUAUGAAAAGAUGCAUAACUGCUAUUGAUUUGUCGGAGCAUUACCAGAAAGUACACGCUGAAAAUGAAACAAGAGGACAGGAACUUCUUAAUGACUCCAGUGUUACUGGUUUCAUAUGUCCCCAGUGUAUGAAAUCCCUUGGAUCUGCUGAUGAACUUUUCAAACACUAUGAAGCAGUUCAUGAUGCUGGUAAUGACUCGAGUCAUGGAGGAGAGACUAAUCUUGCUCUGAAGCGAGAUGAUAUAACACUACUUAGACAAGAGGUUCAAGACCUACAGGCUUCUCUAAAGGAAGAAAAAUGGUACUCAGAAGAAUUAAAGAAAGAAUUAGAAAAAUUUCAAGGGCUGCAACAGCAAGAUUCUAAACCUGAUGGAUUGGUGGCUGAUUCAUCAGCAGAACUACAAUCUUUGGAACAACAAUUAGAAGAAGCACAAACAGAAAAUUUUAAUAUUAAGCAAAUGAAAGACUUAUUUGAACAGAAGGCGGCCCAGCUUGCCACUGAAAUUGCAGAUAUGAAGUCAAAAUAUGAUGAAGAGAAGAGUCUCCGGGAAGCUGCUGAACAAAAAGUGACACAUUUGAUGGAAGAAUUAAACAAAGAGGCAACUGUUAUUCAAGAUCUAAAGACUGAACUGCUUCAGAGACCUGGUAUAGAAGAUGUUGCUGUGCUGAAGAAAGAACUUGUCCAAGUUCAAACACUAAUGGAUAACAUGACCUUGGAACGUGAGAGAGAGUCUGAAAAACUCAAGGAUGAGUGUAAAAAGUUACAAGCAAACUAUGCUAACUCAGAGGCCACAAUAAACCAGUUAAGGAGUGAACUGGCCAAAGGUCCUCAGGAAGUUGCUGUGUAUGUGCAGGAACUACAAAAACUUAAAAGUUCAAUUAAUGAAUUAACACAGAAAAAUCAGAACCUGAAUGAGAAAUUGUUGAAGAAAGAACUGGACUAUAGUCAGUUAGAGGAGAAACAUAAUGAAGAAUCUGUGAGUAAAAAGAAUAUACAAGCAAGCCUUCAUCAAAAAGACCUAGAUUGUCAACAGCUUCAAUCAAGAUUAUCUGCAUCUGAAACUUCAUUACAGAGAAUACAGGCAGAACUAGGUGAAAAAGGAGAAGCUACUCAAAAGCUCAAAGAAGAAUUAUCAGAAGUAGAGACCAAGUACCAGCAUCUUAAGGCAGAGUUUAAACAGUUACAACAACAGAGAGAGGAAAAGGAGCAGCAUGGGAUACAACUCCAAAGUGAAAUUAAUCAAUUACACAGCAAACUUCUGGAAACAGAACGUCAACUAGGGGAAGCUCAUGGUAGGCUGAAAGAGCAGAGGCAGCUUUCAAGUGAAAAGUUGAUGGAUAAAGAACAACAAGUAGCUGAUCUACAGCUGAAACUUUCUCGUUUAGAAGAACAGUUGAAGGAGAAAGUAACAAGUUCCACAGAAUUGCAGCAUCAAUUAGAUAAAACAAAGCAACAACAUCAAGAACAACAAGCUCUUCAGCAAAGUACUACAGCAAAACUUCGAGAAGCUCAGAAUGAUUUGGAACAAGUACUUCGUCAGAUUGGUGAUAAGGACCAAAAGAUCCAGAACCUUGAAGCCUUAUUACAGAAGAGUAAAGAAAAUAUUUCCUUGCUAGAAAAAGAAAGAGAAGACCUUUAUGCAAAAAUUCAGGCUGGUGAAGGAGAGACUGCUGUUCUUAACCAAUUACAAGAAAAAAACCAUACUUUACAGGAACAUGUAACACAGCUAACAGAGAAGUUGAAGAAUCAGUCAGAAAGCCACAAACAAGCCGAGGAGAAUUUGCACGACCAGGUGCAAGAACAGAAGGCACAUCUUAGAGCUGCACAAGACCGUGUGCUUUCCCUGGAAACCAGUGUCAGUGAAUUAAAUAGUCAAUUAAAUGAAAGCAAGGAGAAGGUCUCCCAGCUUGACAUACAGAUUAAAGCCAAAACUGAAUUAUUGCUGUCAGCAGAAGCAGCAAAAACUGCUCAAAGGGCAGAUCUUCAGAAUCAUUUGGACACAGCCCAAAAUGCACUACAAGAUAAACAGCAGGAGUUAAAUAAGAUCACUACUCAGUUGGAUCAGGUCACUACAAAGUUGCAAGAUAAGCAAGAACAUUGCAGUCAGCUGGAAAGUCAUCUCAAAGACUAUAAAGAGAAACAUCUCUCUUUAGAACAGAAAACUGAAGAUCUUGAAGGUCAAAUUAAGAAACUAGAAGCUGAUAUUCUUGAAGUUAAAGUAAGCAAGGAGCAAGUUUUGCAAGAUCUACAACAGCAAAGACAGCUGAAUGCAGAUUUAGAGCUUAGAGCCACUGAAUUGAAUAAACAACUUGAAAUAGAGAAAGAAAUAGUAUCCAAUACAAAGUUGGAUCUACAGAAAAAAUCUGAAGCUCUUGAAAAUAUUAAGCAAAUGCUUACCAAACAUGAGGAAGAAAAAAUAACCCUUAAAAAAGAAAUUGAAGAUUUAAGUCAAGAUACAAAGGUGCAGCACAAGGAGUUGAGUGGCAGAAUUCAAAUGGCAGCAACAGAACUACAAAAAGUGAAAACAGAGAAAGAAAAUUUGAUGACCGAGCUUUCUGCAACAAAAGAGAAAUUAUCAAAAGUUUCUGAUUCUUUGAAAAACUCCAAAAGUGAAUUUGAAAAGGAAAAUCAGAAAGGAAAAGCUGCAAUAUUAGAUUUGGAAAAAACUUGCAAGGAAUUAAAGCAUCAACUUCAAGUUCAGACAGAAAGCACAUUUAAGGAACAGAAUGAACUGAAAAAGUCACUUGAAAAAGAGAAGGAGACCUCUCAUCAGUUGCAGUUAGAACUCAACUCAAUGCAGGGACAAGUCACACAGGUCCAGAAUUUCUUAAAACAAAAGGAAAAAGAACAACAACAACUUCAGGGGAACAUAAAUGAGCUAAAGCAGCUGCAUGAACAGAAGAAAAAGCAAAUUGAAGCUCUCCAAGGGGAAGUUAAAAUUAGUAUUUCACAGAAGACAGAGCUUGAGAAUAAACUACAGCAGCAAUCAACACAAGCAGCACACGAACUCUCAGCUGAGAGAGAGAGAAUGUCAGCUUUACAAGACUCCUAUGAUAAAAGCCAAGAAAUUCUAAAACAGCUUCAAUCUGAUUUCUAUGGGAAGGAAUCUGAACUUCUGGCUACAAGACAGGAUCUUAAGUCUGCAGAAGAGAAGCUUUCUCUGGCACAAGAGGACUUGAUUUCAAACAGAAAUCAAAUUGGAAACCAAAAUAAAUUGAUCCAAGAACUUAAGACUGCUAAGGCUACUUUGGAGCAGGAUUCAGCAAAGAAAGAACAACAAUUGAAGGAGCAGUGUAAAACUCUACAAGAUAUUCAAAAAGAAAAGUCACUGAAAGAAAAGGAACUAGUCAAUGAAAAAUCUAAACUGGCAGAGAUAGAGGAAAUCAAGUGUAGCCAAGAAAAAGAAAUUGCUAAAUUGGGUGAAGAACUCAAGUCCCACAUGCAGGAAAGUUUAAAGGAGGUAGCAAAUCUCAAGGAUGCCAAACAGCUCUUAAUUCAGCAAAAAUUAGAGCUUCAAGGAAAAGUGGAUUCCCUGAAGGCAACUCUUGAACAGGAGAAGAAAAACCAGCAAAUGAUAAAAGAACAGGUGAAAAAAGAAGAAGAUGAGCUGAAGAAAGGAUUUAUUGAGAAAGAAGCUAAACUGCACUCUGAAAUAAAAGAAAAAGAAGUAGGAAUGAAGAAGCAUGAAGAAAAUGAAGCUAAACUUACCAUGCAGAUUACAGCAUUAAAUGAAAACUUGGGCACUGUAAAGAAGGAGUGGCAAUCUAGUCAACGGAGAGUUAGUGAACUUGAGAAACAGACGGAUGAUUUGCGGGGUGACAUUGCAGUAUUAGAAGCAACAGUUCAAAAUAAUCAAGAUGAAAGGAGGGCUUUAUUAGAAAGAUGUCUUAAGGGAGAAGGUGAAAUAGAAAAGCUUCAAACCAAAGUUCUAGAAUUGCAAAGAAAGUUGGAUAAUACAACUGCAGCCGUACAGGAGCUGGGCAGAGAGAAUCAAUCCCUUCAGAUUAAACAUACACAAGCGUUGACUAGAAAGUGGGCUGAGGACAACGAAGUACAAAACUGUAUGGCAUGUGGGAAAGGCUUUUCAGUAACAGUGAGACGGCAUCACUGCAGACAGUGUGGAAAUAUCUUCUGUGCUGAGUGUUCUGCCAAAAAUGCCUUAACUCCUUCUUCCAAGAAGCCUGUUCGUGUCUGUGAUGCAUGUUUCAAUGACUUACAAGGAUAAUGGAUUAUCACAACUUCAAAGUAAUAUUAUACAAAUAUUAGAUUUUUUAAUAAAUGCACUUAAUAGAGGUCUUGGACUACUAUUUGAUUUGGACAGUGGUUGCAAUACUAGACCAAAUUAGAGUUCGUAUAUUUUGGAAUGUUAUCAAUAUCAAGUAAAACUCUUCUAUUUUUGUGAGAUUUGGGCUCAUCUUUCAUUACUUUUUCCCCAAUUAACCCCUGAAACAGCUUUCAUGAUAAGUUUAGAAUCAGCCAAUGAAAUGUAAAUAAACUUUGAACAGAAAAUAGCAAUGUAUUUUUUUAAAUAUAAUUUCAUUAUUCACAAAUGACAUGGAUACCGUCCCAUAGCUUGCUUCUUCUUUCUCCUAAAUUUAAUGUACAGAUAUGUACAUGGAUGAUGUUAUCAAUCAUAUAGGUUGCACAAUAAUCCAUGAGUUACAUGAAAUAUUCUCUUUGUGAAGU